AUGGAGAGGGGCAGAAAAGCGCGUCCCGCCGGGGCCCUCAGCCCACCCGCGCUCCCGCCCCGGGGCCGCCAGCGGCCGCGAGCCAUGCCCCGCACCCUGCCCCGAGCCCGCACCCGCACCCCGCACCUGCCCCGCAGCGGGCACCCACUCCGCAUCCACCCCCGGCACCUACCCCGCACCCUGCCCCGGGCACCCCGUGACCGCCUUCGCUGCCACCCCUCGCCGUCCUCCGGCCAUGCCCGCGCCCCGCCGGCUCUGAGCGCGGCCGCGAUGGAGCGGGAGGGCAGCGGCCCGGGUCCCCCCGCGCCCCACGAGCCCAUCAGCUUCGGCAUCGACCAGAUCCUGGGCGGCCCCGAGCCCGCGGGGCCGCACCGGGCGGCUGCGGAGCCCGACUACGGGCUGUACGGCGGCGGGUACGGCCCCGCCGGUCCGCUCGGUUCCUACAACCUCAACAUGAGCAUGAACGUGAGCGUGAACGUGACCCCCUCGCCCGCCGCGCCGCCCGCCGGGGUCAUCCGCGUCCCGGCACACCGACCCGCGCCCGCUCCGCCGCCCGCCGCCCCCGCCGCGCAGCCCCCGGGGCCCGCGCUGCCGGGGCUCACCUUCCCCUGGAUGGAGACCACGCGCCGCAUCGCCAAGGACCGGCUCUCAGCUGCACUGUCCCCCUUCACGGCCACGCGGCGCAUUGGGCACCCCUACCAGAACCGGACACCGCCCAAACGCAAGAAGCCGCGGACGUCCUUCUCCCGGGUGCAGAUCUGCGAGCUGGAGAAGCGCUUCCACCGGCAGAAGUACCUGGCCUCGGCCGAGCGUGCCACCCUGGCCAAGGCCCUCAAGAUGACAGAUGCCCAGGUCAAGACUUGGUUCCAGAACCGUCGCACCAAGUGGAGGCGUCAGACGGCGGAGGAGCGCGAGGCGGAGCGGCAGCAGGCCAACCGGCUGAUGCUGCACCUGCAGCAGGAGGCCUUCCAGAAGAGCCUGGCACAGCCGCUGCCGCAGGACCCGCUCUGCAUGCACAACUCCUCGCUCUACGCCCUGCAGAACCUCCAGCCCUGGGCCGAGGACAACAAGGUGACAUCGGUCUCGGGGGUGGCCUCCGUGGUGUGAGGGCCCCGGGUGUUGCCGAUGUGCCGGGAGGUGGCAGUGGGAGCCCAGCCUGCAGCAGGGAGGGAGCUGCAGCCUCUCAUGGGCAGCCCCCUCCCUGCCACUGACAGCCCCCUUGGACCCCCUGGCUGGGUGGCCAUGCCCCUGCAAUUGGACUCAAAGCUUUACCGAAUCCCACCUGGAGCACCGCUGUGGGAAGCCCCCUGCCUGGACCCCUGGGAGCCCACAGACAGGCCCCUACACCCUGCAGAGCUCUGCAGCCUCCCCACCCUAGGGGCCCUGUGCCAGGGCAACUCCUCAGGGGUCCCUGCUCAGGACCUGCUACCAACCCACCAGCGGCUCCAUGGGUCAGACUGGGG